GCUUAGGCCAGGAUAAGGAAAAAUGUCCGAGUAUCCUCUCUUCAGUUAGCUACUUUUAUAGUUUCAUUUGCUGCAUUAAUUAACCAAAAAAUAUGGCCGCGGCAACCGCACACAGCUGGUUCACGGUGCUGACCUCCACCGGCGGCGGCACUUCACGAUGCUCUCUCUCAUCUCACCGUCUCUUUUCAACUUCCCUUAGACCUUCUUCUUUCUUCCUUCCUAAAGCUUCCACUCAAAAUCAAAAUCAUAACAAAAAUGUUCUCAAGAAAUCAUCCGAGAAAGAAGCUGAUAAACAGAAGUUUCCACAGAGAUCAAAAAAUGAAGGGCCUUUUGCAAAUGCAGAUGGCAGGAGCAGUACGAAUGAAGCAGGACGAUCUCAACUGGCAUCAAUUAAAUCAUUUGGUCUGCAGAGAAAAGGGAAGGGAGUUCUGUUGGACUCAAAGGAGCAGCAGGUAGAAACUAGUAGCAUCCAAGAUGCAGCUUUUCUUAAUGCUGUUGUGAAGGUUUACUGUACACAUACUGCUCCAGAUUAUUCCCUUCCUUGGCAGAAACAAAGACAAUAUACAAGUACUGGAAGUGCUUUCAUGAUUGGUGACGGAAAGCUCUUAACCAAUGCACAUUGCGUUGAACAUGAUACACAGGUCAAAGUGAAGAAAAGGGGAGAUGACACAAAAUAUGUUGCUAAGAAAACAGUUUGAGACCAAUCAUUAGAUGAUGUCUCCUAAAAGGUACUCCCUAUGUACAGUUUAUGUGAAAUUAUUUCCUUUUUAGUCUGUUCUAAAAAGAAUGUUCCCUUUUUAGGUUUUGAAAACAAUUAACGUUAAACUUUCCAUUUACCUUUAAUGACAUGAUUUUAUAACCACUCAAAUGUCACGACAUGUUUAAGACCACAAGUUCCUAAAGUCUUUAUUUUUUCUUAAAUUCCGUGUCCACUCGAACAAGUUCCCAAAAAAUGAAAUGGAGGGAGUAAUACUAUUGGAAUGAAAGGGAUUGUGGUGAUUAUUCUUUGACAAGAUUUAUUUUGAAUGGUGAAAACAUCUGAAGCUAAGUGAGACAUGAUAUGUUAGACCAAAAUCAUUGGGACGUAUUAUAGUCUUGGAGUAAUGCAUUAUACGAUGUGCGUUAAAGUAGAUCUGGUAUUUCUGCAGCUAGAUUGCUUUCUCUUGCUUCUACUAAAAAGAAACUGAAUUAUAGCUAGAUAUUACUGCUGUCUCUCCAACUCUCCCUCUUUUCCUCUUUGCUUUACCUGUAAUAAGAAAACCGUGCACCUAGACUUUUAUAUAUGAGGCAGUACACAUACGCAAGUAUUCCGGGCUCUUUCCUUGUUUAUUAUUAUGUGACUUUAUCUGGGGCUAAUGUGCUUCUCGUAUUUGUUUAGUCCUGAGCUAGCAUACGGGAUGUUCUGGUGUCCUUUGAGAAGUAGAUGUAUUCUUUCAUAUGAUCCAAUCUUGAGUUUGAUUCAGCUUGUUUCCUUUCCUCA